UAGAGGCAGCGCACAUAUUGCUUACUGAAUUUUUUUUGUCUUGUAGAUUUAUUUUUCAAACGCAUAUUGAACACGUUCAGCAGUUGGCAACACCACCAAGCUACAAAUUUAUAAUAAAUUUAAUAGUAAUAAUAAUAAAUGACACAACGUGGCAAGUGGCAAAAACAAAUGAUGAAACUGUGCCGCACUUAACACAGCAACAACAACAACAACAGCAACAAUAAAAACAACAGUGCAAAAAAACAAAGCAAAACAAACAACUUUGAAGUUUUAGGCAAACAAACGAACGCGCCAUGAUGCCAAAACUGCUGAUCAUCAUUUGCUUAAUCAUCGUUAAGCAAAGUGGCAGCAGCUACAGCAGCGCCGGAGCUGGCUGCCAGCUGGCGGCGCAUCGUUGCCACAUCGAUGUGCUGCAAGAGCCGCCGCCACGAUAUCGCCAAGUGCCCGCCGAUGUGGACAUCACCUCGGACUGCCCACAGCCGCUGGCCGUGUGGUACUAUCAGCAAGUGCCGGCGCAUAGUGGCAGCCGCUGGCUGCUGGAGCGUGCGCAGUCCGCGCAAUCCGGCAGCUAUGGCUGUCGCUAUGCAGGCAACAGCUGGGCGAAUCUCACCCUGCGCAUUGGCCAUCAGCGCAGCAGCAGCAGCGAGGCCACAGAUGUGGCGAGCUUCAGUCGCCAGCUGUCGCCGGAGGCGUACUUCUAUAAGCCCUUGUUGUCCACGCCGCGUCUGGCGCAGCCUUUGGAGAAGUUUGUGCAACGCACAGCUGGCGGCAUGCAUCAGCUGAACUGCAGUCCGGCGGAGAGCAUUGGCGCCAGCAACAUAAGCUGGUAUCUCAACGAGACACACCUGCUCAAUGCUGGACGCUUCAAGCUCAAGAACUGGUCGCUCAACGUAUUGAACUUGGAGCCCACGGACAGCGGCAACUAUCGCUGCAGCCUGUGCAAUCCACAGGGCUGCAGCAGCAGCGAGCUGAGUCGGCUGCAAGUCAAUCCGCGUCAGCAUACGGCGCCGCAGCUGAGCGCGGGCUAUCCGCGCAAUGUGAGCGUGGAGCAGAACCAAAGUGCAAGCCUGGAGUGCAAGCUGGAAGCAACGCAGCUGGAGCCACAGAUUAGUUGGUUGCAUCAAGUCGGAACGGGCGAUAUACAAGCGUUGGUGCAGCGGCUGCAGUCGCGCUCAACUGCGCUGCAUGGCGAUGCUGAGGUGGAGCCGCUGGUGUUCAACCGCAAUGAGCCGCAGCUGCUGCGCCUGGGCUAUGUGCAGCCGGCGGAUGCGGGCUGGUACAUCUGUGUGGCGGAGAAUCAAGUGGCGCGCACUGUGGGCGCCGCUUAUUUGCAGCUCUUGAGUCCGGAGCAGCAGCAGAGCAGCACUACGACUACGACUACAACAACAAGCACGCCUGCUCCGAGCAGCAGCUUGGCUGACAAUGAUGACGAUUCGAAUGAUGAGAAUGCUAGCAAGGAUGAGGCGCAGCAGCAGGCACCCAGAUUCAAGAAGCCCUUGACGCGCUUGCAGCAUUGGGUGGCAGGUCGCACCGUAGUCCUGAGCUGUCCAGCUGUGUCGCAUCCGCCGGCCAAUAUUAGCUGGACGCGCAACAAUGCGGCAUUGGAUCGCGUCAUAGGCGUCUACAACAUACGCCGCUGGUCGCUCACCAUGGUGGACAUCAUCUCUGCGGACUCCGGUAUAUACAAGUGUCGCGUCUGCAACAUUUUGGGCUGCAUUGAGUUCGAGUUUAGUGUCUCGGUGUACGAUCGUCUGCGCUUUCCGCCCAUCGUCAACAAGUUGGAGAACAAAACAGCGUUGGUCAAUUCCGACCUGGAGCUCAGCUGCGACGUCAUCUCGGAUAUGGAGCCCACCAUACACUGGCUGCGCGCCGUGCAGCCGAAUCACAGUCUGCUCCUGGACAGCGAGACGCAGCUGAGCAAUGUCAGCAGAGAUUUGGGGUUAAUCAAGCUGAACACCUCGAUCGAUCAGGUGCACAAGCUGCUGCUUCACAACAUCACACAUGAGCAGGAGGGCUGGUACACCUGCGUCGCCUCCAGUACACUGGGCAGCAACAAUGCCAGCCUCUAUGUGCAUGUGGUGGAUCAGCUGUCCUACUACCAAAUGGUGGGCAUGAUGAAGCUGCAUCCGCUCGGCUUUACUGUCAUCGCUUUGGUCAUACUGCUGAUCUUUCUGCUCGGCUGCGCCUUCAUAAUCUACAUGCUGCGUCGUCUGCGCCGCGAGAAACUGCUCAAGCAUCGCAUCGAGACAGUGCAUCAAUGGACCAAGAAGGUCAUCAUCUACAAGGCGGCCAGCCUGGAGGGCAGCGGCAGUGCCGGCGAUCUGCAAAUACCCGUCAUCAAAAUCGAAAAGCAGCGCACCACAUUCUCCAACACCAGCACGGGUGAUGCGCUGCCCGCUGCGCAGGGCUUCAAUGAGUACGAGUUUCCGCUGGACGCCAACUGGGAGAUACCCAGGCAGCAGCUCUCGCUGGGCUCCAUAUUGGGCGAGGGCGCCUUUGGGCGUGUGGUCAUGGCCGAGGCGGAGGACUUGCCGCGCAGUCCGCCCUCAGCUAACGGCACCAUUGUGGCUGUUAAAAUGGUCAAGGAGGAGCAUACGGACGCGGACAUGGCCAGCCUGGUGCGCGAGAUGGAGGUCAUGAAAAUGAUUGGCAAGCAUAUCAACAUUAUCAAUCUGCUGGGCUGCUGCAGUCAGAGUGGUCCGCUCUGGGUGAUUGUGGAGUUUGCGCCGCAUGGAAAUCUCAAGGAUUUUCUCAAGCAGCGUCGUCCUGGCACGUUGCAAAGACGCAGCGACAGCGAUGGCUACUUGGACGACAAGUCCAUAGAGCAGCUGGGCGAGAAGCAGCUCACAAUGUUUGCCUUUCAAAUAGCCAGAGGCAUGGACUACUUGGCUUCCAGACGAUGCAUACAUCGCGAUCUGGCGGCACGCAAUGUGAUGAAGAUCGCCGACUUUGGACUGGCACGCGAUAUACAGGAUACGGAGUACUAUCGCAAGAACACGAACGGACGCUUGCCCAUCAAGUGGAUGGCGCCCGAGUCGCUGCAGGAGAAGUUCUACGACUCUCAAAGCGAUGUCUGGAGCUAUGGCGUGCUGCUCUGGGAGAUUAUGACGUAUGGCGAGCAGCCGUAUCCGAACAUAAUGUCUGCAGAGGAGCUCUAUAGCUAUUUGGUGACGGGCCAGCGCAUGGAGAAGCCGCCCAAGUGUUCGCUCAACAUUUAUGUGGUGAUGCGUCAAUGCUGGCACUUCGAGUCCUGCGCUCGGCCCACAUUCGCCGAGCUGGUGGAGAGCUUCGAUGGCAUACUGCAGCAGGCUAGCAGUAAUCCGAACGAUGCCUACUUGGAUCUCUCCAUGCCAAUGCUGGAGACGCCGCCCUCAUCCAGCGAUGAGAACGAGUGCUCCGACACUGAAACAUUCCCAGAGACCCUACCGCUUAGAUAUCAAUAUACCUAUAAGUUUAAUUAGCGCUAACGUCAAGGCUUUAACCAAUAUUUUCAUCGAGCAUGCAAUCAACCCAAUACUCAUUAAUAAAAACAGCAACUUUAUACAAUUUAAAUAUUCUCUAAACUCU